AUGCUGAGACAAAGGAGGUCAAAUUUACUAGCAAUCUUCAUUCGCAACAUUUAUACCAGUCCUCGGUCUUGUGCAAGCCACUACGAUGUCCUCGGCAUUACCCCAAAAGCGACCCAGAAUGACAUCAAAUCAGCUUAUUACAAGUUGUCAAAAAUAUAUCAUCCAGACAAAUCAAGCGAUGAAACUGCAGCUAGAAAGUUCAGAGCUAUCACUGAGGCAUAUGAGAUUUUAGGAAAUGUUAAAUCAAAAAAGAUGUAUGACAAAGGUCUUCUAGUAGGAAAGGAAAAUACCACCCGUAUGGAUGUUCAUUAUGAACCAGAACCUGUUGACCCAACACUUAAGUUUUAUAAAUCUCGCUCUAACCGUCAAGUAACACCAACUAUGGAUGGCAGAACACCCAUUUAUGACUUUGACACAUGGUCGAAAGAACACUAUGGAAGACUUUUACAAAAGUCAAUUUAUGAAAAGGAAUUCAUUAAGAACAAAAGAGCUAAGGAAGUUGAUGUAAAUCAGUCUAAUCAUCAGGAAUUGCUGAUUUAUAUAAUGUUUAUCAUUGGCUGCUUGUUUAUAUUAAUGGUUGCCCAUGGUGAAGCAGAUUAUGAUAGAAACAAAUUAAGAGAUCAAAAUUCUACAAGUAAACCACAAGAGUCUCCAAGACAAGAACAAGUUCCAGUAUCUUCAAAUUUAAAA